AGAAAAAUCAUAUGGUUUUGAGCACUUACUAUCUAAACUCUCACUAUAAUGCUUGAUAAAAAAUAUCUAGGAAUAACAGAUUAUAUCGUAAUAUGUUCAUCGCUAUUGAUAUCGGUAGGUAUUGGAAUAACAUCAAGAUUAUUAUCCGGUGGUCAAAAAACUGCAAAAGAAUAUAUAUUGGCUGGAAAGAAUAUGAAAAGGCUUCCUGUGAUUUUAUCUAUUAUCGUAACUCUUGUAUCACCUUCAACAAUGCUGGCAGUUCCAGCCGAGAUUUACAAGUAUGGGUUUGUUUUUGUAAUGAGUCCUCUUGCUUUUCCAAUCGGAGUGUUUCUAGCAUCUUGGAUAUUUAUACCAGUGUAUUUUCAGUGUGGAGUUUCAACGAUUUAUGAGUUUCUUGAGAUACGCUUUGGAAGAAUGACAAGGUACAUUGUUUCAAUCCUGUUUCUUGUGCAAAUGAUGUUUUACAUGGUUAUUUGUCUGUAUGGAUCCGUACUAGCCUUGAGCGCUGUCACAGAUAUAUCUCUUGAAAUUUCCAUGAUAUCAUUAGGGAUCAUUUGCACUAUAUAUUGUUCCAUAGGAGGAUUAAGAGCUGUUCUUUGGACAGAUGUAUUCCAAGCAAUGCUCAUAAUAUUAUGCUUGGUAGCCUUAUACGCAGUUGGUAUUAAAGAAGCCGGAGGCAUAGCAGACAUUUAUAUACGUUCAAGAGAUGGCGGACGAUUGAAUGAUCUGUUUGACUACGAAGCAAAUCUANUCCUUAGUCUCCGGCUGAACUUUACGAAACGCUUAAGUUUUUGGGGUUCUUUCUGUCGAGGAAUUAUGUUUGGUAUUUCAUAUUAUGGAACUAAUCAAGUGGAAGUUCAAAGAGUACUCAGUUUAAGUACUUCUCAAAGAGCCAAAUCUACACUACAAAUGAGUAUUUUACCGAUGACUCUUGUAUAUGUUAUGAACAGUAUUUUAGGCGUAAUAUUAUACUCCAUUUACUACAAAUGUGAUCCGAUUUUAAACAAGAAUGAAACAGGAGUGGAAAGAUAUGAUCAAAUUGUUCCAGCUUAUAUUAUAAAUACAUUCAAUUGGAUCCCUGGUAUGACAGGACUGUGUAUUGCAGGUCUUUUUAGUGCUGCUCUCAGCACUAUAUCUUCGUGUCUGAACUCUAUAGCCAGUGUGACAGUGGUAGAUAUCAUAAAGCCACUUUACAGAAAGGGUAACAUGUCUGAUAAACAAGUUGUUUGGUGUGCUAAAAUACUAUCAUUGGUUUACGGAGGAAUUUGUAUAGCCCUCAGUUUUUGCUUUAUUGGAGUUAAGAGUUUCCAGCAGUUAGCUCAGGUAUUAAUAAGUUCUCAGGAAGGACCAAUGUUAGCUGUCUUCAUAGUUGGAGUUCUGACAACGAAGGCUUCAGAUAAGUGUGUUUCAUUUGCUUUGAUUGCGGGAUACAGUUUGAUGUCUUGCAUUUCAUUUGGAGCAUUAUUUUCCAACUACACUCAGCCUCCACUGCCACUCAGUACUGAAGAAUGCAUUUUCCAAAACGUUACAAACCAUGGGAAUAGUACUUUUGUUGCUCCAACAAGAAUUUCUCCUGUACCUUCUCAGGAUAAUAAUAAGGUGGAAAAACAAUGAAAUCCCAGAGGAUUCCGUUUGCCUUAGUCCAGUUACUCGGCUAUGGAUGAAACAAAAAAUUUCACUCAAAACAAAGGAACUAAAAUACGAAAAAGAAAAUAAUGAUAUCAUUACUUCAACCUCACGGAUGUAAAUUAUUUUUGAUGUACGUAUGAUACUUAUAAGACAUUCAUCAUAUUUUUGUAUCUGUUGACAUGUUUCCUAUCUGUUUUAUUGAAAUUAAAGUUAUUUUGAAAAAUUGUAA